GGAAGGAAGGAUUACCUGCGGGGGAGAAGACGUUGAAAAAGACUUUCAUGUCACAUUACAUUAACCUGUGAAGUGGGUCAGACAUGUUUGCGAGCGACAACCGCUGUGACGGUCCCGAAGCAGGCGCAAAGCAGCCUGAAGCUACUGUUACAACGGAAUACUGCGCAAAGUUGCAGCAGUGGAUGUGGCAGUAUUACUGGGGGUAUGCCAACUGGCAGAGCUGGGUGGCCCUGUCAGCCUUGCCCUUUCCUCCGCCGUGCAGUUUCCCUCCGCCGGGGACAAGUGCACAGACACCGGCUACACCUGCGUCGACCUCCGGCGGUGGACAGCAGGCAGUUGACACGCGAAGCUGGUACAGCUACCCUUAUCCCCUCAGUUUCCCCGCAUCCUCCACUCGUCCGGGUGGUGCCCAGACCGAGCUGAACUCAGCCGCGACCCCAGCCCCGGCUACUGCUGCCCAGCAGCAGAAUGGGAAUCCACCUCAGGCAGGAAGAGAGUACACCAUCCCCUCUCCUCUCCAGAGGUUCCUGGCAGAGACAGUGGACUUCUUUAUCCUGUUUUGUGUGAAGGCCACCAUUGUGCUGUGGAUCAUGCAUCUGAGUGGGAUGAAGGACAUUGCCAAAUUCAUUACGCACUUCAUUGUGGAGGAGAUAGAUGAGAACACGUCCAUGGAGGACCUGCAGAAGAUGAUGGCUGUAGCUCUGGUCUACAGGGUGCUAGUGUGUGUCUAUGAGAUAAUCUGUAUUUGGGGUGCUGGUGGUGCCACUCCAGGGAAGUUCCUGCUUGGCUUGCGGGUGGUGACAUGUGACACAUCCACUCUGGUCCGACCCAACCGAGUCUUUGUGGUCCCAGCGUCUAAUGUUUCGCUCUCUGCCUCCACAGUGCGGGCGCUGAAUAAGAACUUCUCCAUUGCCUUCCUCUUUCCUGUCUUCAUCACUCUCCUCUUCUUCCAACACAACAGGACUGUGUAUGAUAUUGUGGCAGGGACCAUAGUUGUCCAACGAAGAGGGGGCAGAUAGCCUCUCCUCCAGCAGUGGACUCUCUUACACUUGGUAAUGACAAAGUGUGGCAGGCCCUUGUGUGCUGCGUAUCCUAAAAAUGACAUGUAAAUCAGUCAUAAAUGACAAGAACAACAACAAAAGAGUGAUGCAUUUCCACACUAGGAUCAACUUGAACUUGAAUUGCACUCAAAUGGGAUGCAUAGUUUUAGGCCUGGUAUGUUGAAAAAAACAGCUUUACAUCUUUUGGUGUAAGGUAUUAAUUUUUACCAGUGAAUCAACCAAUAAGCUGAGGAAACCCUUUAAAGUAUUGUGAUUUUUGAUGAUUGCAAUGUAAGUUUAGCUGAAAAGGGUGCUGUCUAAUGUUUCCAGGAUGUCCUGAAACUUCUCCUCAUAUGAUGUGAAUCUUAAUAUAUUUGUGAUGUCAUAUUAAAUUGUUUAUUUAUUUUUAUGAAUCUAAAGCUCCUAUGUGUAGGAAUAGAAAACUUUGGCGGCUGUACUAAAAAAAAAGACCCCAAGAUGCCUACCAAUUUUCACAGUGAUUGUCUUACUUUUCUACAAAGAGAAACUUUUGAUGCCAUCAGAAUAAUUUGACACAUGCCAUAUACACAUAGCAUUACUACACAUAGGGGCUUUAAAGUAAGAUUAAACAUGAUUAAGUUCUAUAUUUUUCUGAUCUUAUACACAUUAUUCUUUUCUUCAGAAUAAUAAAGGUGUAUCAGAUGUUUGGUUUGCUCAUGAGUUUUGUAUUAUAUAGUGAUUAUCCAUAUAAUCACUCAUACUGAAAAUACCAGGAUUAUUUGUAUGAAUUUUU